GCGGAAAUCCCUGCGUCACGCUGACACGUCAUCACCCCGCGCAUGCGCACUCGGUAUGUUGCGCUGGGCUCCUCGCUAGGCCCAAAGCCUCGGACUAAAUUAGAAACGGGAUCCGCCGUGUGACGCGUCGCGAUGGAGGCCAUGGAAACGGACAUCGACUCGGAGCUGAUGCAGAAGUUCAGCUGCAUGGGAACGACCGAUAAAGACAUCCUGAUAACCGAGUUCCAGAGGCUGCUCGGGUUCCAGCUCAAUCCCGCUGGAUGUGCUUUUUUCCUGGAUAUGACGAACUGGAACCUCCAGGCUGCGAUCGGAGCGUAUUACGACUUCGAGAGCCCCAGCGGCUCGGCGCCGUCCAUGUCGUUUGUGGAAGACGUGACUAUCGGGGAAGGAGAGUCGAUUCCACCGGACACUCCUUUUAUCAAGACGUGGAGGAUACAGAACACGGGUUCAGAGGCGUGGCCUCCAGGUGUGUGUCUCAGGUACACUGGUGGAGAUCAGUUUGGUCACGUGAACUUUGUCAUGGUUCGCUCUCUGGAUCCUCAGGAGAUUGAUGAUGUGAGUGUACAGAUGCGCAGUCCUCGUGCUCCCGGCAUGUACCAGGGCCAGUGGAGGAUGUGCACCGCUGCCGGACUCUUCUACGGAGAUGUGAUCUGGGUGAUCCUGAGCGUGGAGGUCGGAGGUCUCCUGGGCGUGACCCAGCAGCUGUCCUCCUUCCAGGCGGAGUUUAACACACAGCCUCACCGCAGCGUGCAGGACGACUACAACCCCUUCGCCUCGCCGCACAGCGCCACGCAGAGCGACAGCAGCCUUAAAGACUCCACGCCGACGCGACACACCGCGCUGUCGGGCGGCUCGGUAACCAUAGCGACGAACAACCUGCAAGACAGCGUAUCAGCCACGCACGAUCAGCCGUACGGACCUCACCCGUUUGGACAAUCGUAAAACAAACAAAAAAAUUAGAUUUGUUCAUAAGGAAUGAAAACGCUGCCUUGGCUUAUGUGGAUUAACUAGGGGGCGUGGCUAAAUAUAACAGGCUCCGCCCCUUCUGGAUAUCCUCAUGAAUGUAAUCAGAGUGUGUGAAUGCUAAUUUAAGAAGAAUGCUUGCUGAAUAUUUUAAGAAAGACAUUUUAUGGAUUUUUUUAUUAUUAUUAAUGAUGGAAUUAGAGAAUUGAUGAUGUGUGAUGAUCGGAGACCCGAGUGGCCAUCAUCAGGUAAACGUGUAUAAUGCACUGAAGAUAAUUUCAGCCAUCGCUUACUGCAAAACUGCAAAAGAUUUACGUUUUUGUGUAGAAAGAUGAGAGAAACGUGCCACUGAGGAACAAGCCAUGUGAUUUAAAUUAGUUUACGACAUUUACAGAGGAAUAUUUUCAUUAAAAUAACAGAAAAUCUGAAAAAGUCUUCCAUCUUUUCUUUAUUUUACACAUACAGCGUUUAUUUUCUUUAAUAAAAUCUCAAAUCUA